AUGAACACCAUUGUGUUUAACAAGCUGAGCAGCCAGGUCCUGUUCGAGGAGAAGGCGAAGGAGGUGGAGAUGAGCAGCAGAAAUUAUCUCGAAGUCAUCGACGGCCAGCAUCCAGACCUGCUGUCCAGCAACCAGAGCAUCAGAGACAACCAGGCCAUCCGACACAGACGGAGCGGGGGUCGUCCCGGUGGCGGCAAAGUCCGACACAAGCGCCAGGCCCUGCAGGACAUGGCGCGGCCGCUCAAGCAGUGGCUCUACAAGCACAGAGACAACCCCUACCCCACCAAGACGGAGAAAAUCCUGCUGGCCCUCGGCUCACAAAUGACCCUGGUCCAGGUGUCCAACUGGUUUGCUAAUGCCAGGAGGCGGCUGAAGAACACGGUGAGGCAGCCAGACCUCAGCUGGGCGCUCAGGAUCAAACUCUACAACAAAUACGUUCAGGGCAACGCAGAGAGGCUCAGCGUCAGCAGUGACGACAGCUGCUCGGAAGAUGGUGACAACCCUCAGAGGACACAGAGCGGCCCAGAGGAGCUCACCAAGCCCAUGUACCAGAGUGUCAUCAAGAAGGAGGGCUCGGGUAUGGGCGCAGGGCUGCGCUCAGCCGCCGAAGCCGCCUCACUGGCCGAGGACUACGUGUCUCCACCCAAGUACAAGAGCAGCCUGUUGCACCGCUACCUGAACGACUCCCUGCGCCACGUCAUGGUGGCCAACGCCGUCAUGGACGCUCGCAAGAGGAACCACUCCGGCUCCUUCAGCUCCAACGAGUAUGACGACGAGCUGCUCUCGCCGUCCUCCUCCGAGGCCGAGGCGAACUUUGUUUAUCGGGCUGAGUCACUGGAUUCAGGUUGGGCUUUAGGACUCAGUUCAUUGUUGAGACAAGGACCUGGCAAAGACGAGACGUACUGGAAGGAGAUCAACGCCGCCAUGGCCUUGACCAACUUGGCGCAGGGGAAGGACAGCGCCUCUGGGACCACCAGCUGCAUCAUCCAGAAGUCGUCUCAUAUAGCAGAGAUCAAGACUGUUAAAGUGCCGCUGCUGCAGAAAUAUUAG